UCACCGCAGUUGGAUGGGAAGUGACAGUUAAGUUGUGUGCCGCGAUACGAAGAGAGUGGGAGAGAGAGAAAGAAAGGGUCGGCUUUCGGUCAGUAGUGCAUUGUGUAAACACGUGUGCGUGCGCGACUUGUCCCUGGUGCUCUAGAAAUUGUGCAGAACGUCCGGGAAGAUCGCGGAAUAUUAUAAAUUUCAUUUAUCAUAAGAAAAUUGCCGAUAUUUUUAUGUUGCUCACGACAUUCCUAAGUGAUCUAUAUACUAACUGGACACCUUCGAAAGUCUCUUUGCGCAACACGUGUCACGUUACCAGAAUUUAAAUUUCUUGACAACACGAAAGACCCUAAACUAGAAUGCCAAAUAAGAAAUGGAUCAUAAUCAGUAUACACGUCUCUCUCCUUGUCGGUACAUUAAGGCUUACACUAGGAAAUCCCAUUCGGGACAGAUUAAAGAGGGAAGCGGAAAUAGCUGCAACCAACUGGACGCAACUUGCAGAUGAAUGGCUCGCUGCAAGAGCAAGACUAGCAGAAAAAUUUGAUGUUACCAUUUUACCAUUCACCGAUACACUCAGAGACUUACCACCAACCGCAGAAACUGUCGUUAUUAAUGGAACCAAUCCUGACCAACUUGCACGGUACAAUUAUUCUCGAAUGCUGUGGGAUAUGGAGACAGUACAACCAAGCGGGCAACUUUCAGGAUUUGUAGAUAAAGCUUUAAAAUUGUUAGAUUUAAAGCAAGUCAUGAUGGAAGUGGAAACGUCGGUAAUGUCAAAAGUGUCCUGUACAGCAUGCAAAGCUGGCGCGGGUCUUCUUCAGUAUUAUAUAAAGGCCGGAAAGAGCGAUGAAGAAAUUAUGAAUAAUAUUUAUCAAUUUUGUGUAUCUCUUAAUAUUCAAAGCGCUCGAGUUUGUCAAGGAGUAACGCUGCUUUUUGGAGGAGAAGUUAUUUAUGUUUUAAAGCAAGUAAAUAUGGGUCCACCACAAAUCUGUAGUUUCGUAAUUGGCAACGCUUGCGACGAUGUUUACGAUCCUUUACAUGAAUGGGAAGUGGCUUUUCCACCAGUAAACAAACCACAUGUGAAACCUCCUAUACCACCCGAAGAAGGUGCGCCGACUUUCAAAGUUCUUCAUAUCUCUGAUACACACUACGAUCCUUACUAUCAAGUGGGUGCAAACGCGGAAUGUAACGAACCAUUAUGCUGCAGACUGACUAACGGAGCACCCCUAAGUCCAGCCGCGGGUGCUGGCCGAUGGGGUGACUACAGAAAAUGUGAUACACCGAAGAGAACCGUCGAACAUAUGCUUAAACAUAUCGCUGACACUCAUUCUGAUAUAGAUUAUAUUUUGUGGACUGGUGACAUACCGCCUCAUGAUGUAUGGAAUCAGACACGGGAGGAAAAUCUUAAGAUUUUACAUGAAACUGUAGCACAGCUUACUGAAAUAUUUCCUGGAAUACCAAUCUUUCCAGCUCUAGGAAAUCAUGAAAGUGCUCCUGUUAACAGCUUUCCACCUGCAUUCGUUCCGAAAGAAAAUGACAUAUCAUGGCUAUAUGAUGCACUUGAUAAACAUUGGAGAAACUGGUUACCAGCUGGAGUUUCACAUACUGUCCGAAGAGGGGCUUUCUAUUCAGUCUUAGUUCGUCCAGGAUUCAGGAUCCUUUCUGUAAACAUGAAUUAUUGCAAUAACAAAAAUUGGUGGCUGUUAAUCAACAGUACGGAUCCAGUAAGUGAAUUACAAUGGCUCGUCUAUGAAUUACAAGGAGCUGAAAUGAAUGGUGAAAAAGUUCAUAUUAUUGGACAUAUACCACCAGGACACUCGGAUUGUUUGAAAGUGUGGUCUAGAAAUUAUUAUCAAAUCAUCAAUCGGUACGAAUCUACAAUCGCGGCACAGUUUUUUGGACACACUCACUACGAUGAAUUUCAGUUGUUUUAUGAUGUUGCUGAUCUUGGAAGAGCUGUCAGUAUAGCUUAUGUGGGACCAUCAGUUACACCUUACUAUGAUCUUAAUCCAGGAUAUAGGAUAUAUUAUGUAGAUGGUGAUCAUCCGAAAACUACUAGAUUAGUUGUAGAUCACGAAACUUGGGUUAUGAAUCUAAAGGAAGCAAAUCUGUAUAAUUACCCUAUCUGGCACAAAAUGUAUAGUGCACGACAAGCGUAUCAAAUGCCAUCUCUAUUGCCAAAGGAUUGGGAUUCUUUAAUAGAUAAAAUGAGCAAUGAACCUUCGCUCUUUCAUCUUUAUUACAAACACUACUACAAGAAUUCACCUGUCCGGCCAAUGUGCAACGAUGAGUGUCGGAAGAGGUUACUUUGUGAUUUACGAAGUGGAAGAAGUCAUGAUCGUAAAGCAUUGUGCCAGAGUCUCGAAUCUAGAAUAGACAGUGAAACAAGAACAGGAUGGCGUGUGUGGAUUUACAAUGGAUUAGCUUUAUCAUAUCCGUACUAGUCUGAGAAAUAGAACCACUUAGUUAACAAAUGUUACCGAUAGUGUAUCCGACUUCUUGACGACCCAGUUUUCUA